AUGACGAAUGAAGAGCCACAUCAGCGGAUGGUGAUAUAUCUUUCACAAUCUGGAUUAUAUGGAGCGACAUUUCUUCACGGAUUUAAGGUGUUACCGACACUGAUAUCGACGUUGAUUGAGCGUUGGAGGACCGAAGCCCAUACGUUUCACUUACCUUGUGGUGAAGUGACGAUAACUUUGGAAGAUGUCGCGUAUCAACUUGGCGUUCCGAUUAAUGGUAUUCCAUUGAUGCUUCGCAACACUUAUAAGGUAAAUAUUCUUAUUUCAAAUUUAUUGGAAAAUGAGACUCCAACCGAUGUCAUUGAUGGGUUGCGGGUACGGAUGACGUGGUUGGAAAGCGAAUUUAGAGUAGAUGAACAAUCAACGGAGCAAGAGGUGAUAUAUGUAGCUCGAGCAUAUCUUUUGUCGUUAAUUGGAGGGAUCUUGCUACCGGAUAAAUCGGGCAAUUUGGUGCACACCCAAUAUCUUUCGAUAAUGGAGGAUUUCGCUGUUUGUCGCCAAUAUAGUUAG